UCUUAACAAUACAUGGUGUAGCCUGUCUCUCGCGAUGUCAAGUCUCAAUUUUUUUCUUCAUUAUUUCCAGUUAGUCGAUAUUUAUUGAAUAUAGUGAGAUACCUGUGUGAUUUUGUAAAAGAGAUAAUGCUUCUGAAGCAGAAAAGCUACUGAAACUGUCUCUCCAAAAACAGGUUACACAUCUUUGUGACAUUGGCUGCUUCUCUCCCCACAACUGGUCAGCCAUGGAUGCUAUACUUGCAGACAACUCUGAUUUUAAAGUGGGUAUCAAGCAUAAAGACAUCAAGAUCAAGAAACCUGCCUUGGAAGAUAGCACUCAAAACUUGGCUCCCGAACCUUUAGGUGUUGUGUACAAAUUGCGAGACAUCAACAAGGAGCUUGUGGAGGCAUGGGCAAAAGAGUUUGAAGGAUAUGAGAGGGUUAUUGUUUCUGAAGGAGACAUCUUCAAAAAUGCCCCUGCAGCAGAUGCAAUAGUGUCCCCAGCAAACAGUUUUGGCUUCAUGGAUGGUGGUAUUGAUAUGGCCCUGUCAAGGCAUUUUGGUUGGCAAUUAAUGGACCGUCUUCAAGAAAUGAUAAGGACAGAGAAGAAUGGGGAGCUGUUAGUAGGAGAUGCCCUCAUUGUCCCCACCUGCCAACAGUUUUGGGGGAAAUCCGACCGUAAUUCAUGCUGGGGGGCUUACAACCAGGGUGCCCCCAUCAAGUUUCUCAUCUCAGCUCCAACCAUGAGGGUACCAGAAGAUGUCUCCAAUACUAUCAAUUCCUACUUAGCAUUUAGAGCCAUCAUCUUAACAGUUCAACAACACAACUCCAAACCUGGUGCAAUCCCCAUUCGUAGUGUGCUGUGCUCAGGCCUAGCAACAUCAGUAGGCUGCAUGCCACCCAAGAAAUGUGCAAAACAGAUGAAGAAUGCAUAUGAUAUUUAUGAAGAGGGCAUGAGGGAUGACCUCAGAAAUCCAGACAGCUUAGGAAUAGUCUGGGAUCAUCAUAGAUUUAUGCAGUCUUCUUCAGAGUUUGGUGAAUUUGUCUACCAAGAGGAUAGUUGAUGGGAGCAUUGAGAACCUGUAUUUGUACAUACAUGUAAACCUACCAGGCAUACCGCAAGGCUCCAUCAACAAAUACAAUUGCCCAUGGUCCAACUUGGUUGGAGUUUUAUAUUAAGUGUCUUUUUUUUUAAAUACUUUAUUUUGAGGAAUAUGUAGUCAAAGAUGUGUGGAUUAUUAGCACAUUGGAAGCUUAUUUUGAAUUAUUUGCCAACAUUUUAAAAGUUAUUCCUAUUUUCUACCCAUUUCUUUGUUGAGAUGUGAAAGCCUAAACUAAGUACUUGUUAUUGGCUGAAAAACUGCAGUGCACUGGACUGGCAAGUGUACAUUUUUUUCAUUCAUGCUGCUUGGUUUGUUCAUGAAAUUUAUGACACUUAACUGUCAAUCUUUUACCUUUGGCUAGAUUUAUCUAUAUGAGUCACUUAGCUUCCGUAAUUGCCACACAAAGAGAUCAUGGAAUUUUGCUUGUGUAGGUGAUGUUGACCAAGAGCACAAAGAAUAGAUUGGAAAUGCCACAGGUUGACUCCCUACUAGGCUACUAAUGUGCAUAUUCCCUUCUUGAAGAGUUGAAAUAUUUUGCUUGAUUCUGUUGAUAAACGUCUUGUCAGUUUAUCGUCACACGAGGUGUGGAUACAUGUAAUAAGGAAUAAAGUGGAAGUGGGGGGGGGGUUGGCAGAAUGUUUUGAAAUCAUGAUGGUUGAUCAUUAUGAAUGCAUGAUUGAAUGACUUAGUUACUGAAACAUCUGUUUGGUUAAAGAAGAUAAUGUACAUUUAUGCCAGCCUAAAUAAAGAGAAAUCUAUAAUGGAUCUAUUUGCAAUAUCUUGGUAUUAAUAACAGGCCUAUUUUACAGACCAUUUAGUUUCACAUUUCCAUUUACGUCACCUGUAUGUAAAAAGGGUCAUUCUGUCAAUUUGGGGUCCAAUUUCUUUUUGUCCCUUUCACAUCUAAUAUAUGUUUUUAUAAGUUGAGAACACAUUCUCUAAUUUCAAAAAGUGAUGAAUUAAUGCAAAUUAUUUGCCAAACAAAUAGAAAUAGUUGGAA